GAGCCAAGAGCCAGAGCCAAGAGCCAAGAGCCAAGAGCCAAGAGCAAGAGCAGAGCAAGACCAAGAGACAAGAGCAAGAGCCAAGAGCAAGAGCAAGAGCAAGACCAAGAGCAAGAGCAAGAGCCAAGAGCCAAGAGCCAGAGCAAGAGCAGAGCAAGACCAAGACCAAGCACAAGAGCGCAAGAGCAGAGCCAAGAGCCAAGAGCCAAGAGCAAGAGCCCAAGAGCAAGAGCCAGAGAGCAAGAGCGCAAGAGCAAGAGCAAGAGAGCCAAGAGCCAAGAGCAGAGAGCCAAGCAGAGCAAGACCAGAGCCAAGAGCAAGAGCAAGAGCCAAGAGCCAAGAGCGAGCAAGAGCCAAGACAAGAGCAAGAGCAGAGCCAAGAGCAAGAGCCAGAGCAAGACCAAGAGCCAGAGGUCCAAGAGCAAGAGCAAGAGCAAGAGACAAGAGCACAAGAGCAAAGAGCAAGAGCAAGGAACCAAGACCAAGAACCAAGACAAAGUAUCCGACAUGCCCAAACCAGAGCCAAAGCCAAGCCUAUAUACCAAGACCACGCCACAGACCAAGAGCCAAAUCCAAACCAAAGAGCCCAACAACCAAAUAGCCAACCAGAGCCUAGAGCCAAGGAGCCAAGGCCAAGACUCAAAGCCAAGCCCAAGAGCCAAAGUCCAAGAAGCGAGAGCCAAGAAGCCCAAGCAGCCAAAAAAGCAAAGCAAAGCCAAAAGCAAAGCCAACUUAGCCUUAAUAAGCCAAUGGAGCCAAGAGCCAAGAGCCAGACAAGAGCCAAGAGCCAAGAACCAAAUCCAAAGACCAAGAGCCAAGACCAAGAGCAAGAGCAAAGCCAAACCAAGACAAGAGCCAAAGCAAGCCAAGAGCGCAAGAGCCAAAGAGAAAAGCCAAGACAAGAGCCAAGAGCCAAGAGCCAAUAAGAGCCAAACCAGUAGAGCCAAGAGCCAAGAGCCAAGAGCCAGAGAGCAGAGCCAAGAUCCAAAUCCAACAUCCAGAAGAGCCAAGAGCAAGAAGCUAAGAGCCAAGACCAAGAGCAAGAGGCAAAGCAAGACAAGCCUAAAGCCAAGAGCAAGCAAAGCCAAACCAAGACAAGACAAGAAAGCCAAGAAGCCAAGAGCCAAGAGCAAGACAAAGCCAAGAGAGAUCCAAGAGCACAAGAGCAAGAAAGCCACAGACAAGACAAAGCCAAGAGAAAGACCAAAGCCAGACCACAGAGCCAAGAGCCAAGAAGCAGAGCAAGAGCCAAGAGCCAAGGAGCAAGAGCCAAGAGCAAAGCUCAAGAGCCAAGAGCAGAGCAAGAGCCGAAGACCAAAAAGCCAAAGAGCCAAGAGCCAAGAGCCAAAAGCAAUGACAAGAAGCCAAGAGCAAGACCAAAGACUAAAGUCAGAGCAAGAUGCAAGAGCCAGAAGGCAAGAGCAGAACAAGACAAGGCCAGAGCCAAGCCAUAAGCAAGCAAGAGCCAAAGAAGGACCAAGGAGCCAAGAGCCAAGACCAAGACCAGAGAGCAAAGUCAAGAGCAAGAGCCAAGAGCCAAAGCAAGCCAAGCAAACCAAAGCCAAGAGCCAAAGCCAAGCCACAGCCAAAGAAACCCAAGAAGCCAGGCCAAGACCAGAGCCAAGAGAAGAUCAGAGCCAAGAGCAAGACAAGACCAAGAGCCAAAAAGCCAAGACCAAGAGCAAGAGCAAGAGCAAGAGCAAGAGCCAAGAGCAGAGCAGACACGACCAGAGCAAAGGCAAGAGCAAGAGCAAGAGCAAGCAAGCCAAACAAGAACCAAGAGCCAAGAGCAAGAGCCCAAGAGCCAAGACAAGCCAAGAC